UCUCUGACGUUGACGCUUCAAGUCAUCUGUUCUCUACAAGGCGCCAGCUCAGAGGAACUAGCCCGGCCUGGAUGCACACACACACACACACACACACACACAAGUAGAGAGAGACAGAGAGAAAGAGCACCCUCGAGUCUGAGCAACAAGUCCGUGAAGUUACACACUAUCCAUAUUUGUUUUUAAGACGUGGGUAAGAGUGAACUUCAAGGGCGGAAUCUUGAGGUUUACUCCAAAACGGACACAUACCCCAACUAUAUAUAAUGCGAGGAAAACGGGAAGAGACAGAACCGACGUCUGUUGCUCCCGAGGCGCCGACAGAAACUACAGUACGACCGAGAAAGAGGAAGGCAGAUGUUGCCAUUUAUUUACAGGAUGUGGAUGAGGAGGUAGCAGCGAUGACGAAGAAGAAGCAGCGUGAAUGCGAGGUGGACUGGAGUCCCGAUGCCAGUUACACAAGUCCCCAGAGGUGGAUCCCCACACCUGAUCAGGAAGAGGACCAACCAGUCGCCCUGAUAAACGUGGGUUUCCCCCACUACAACUUCAACAAUGUGUUUGUAACACCCGUGCGUUGCGCACCGCUUCCUGCACUGUGCUGGGCCAGUAAGGAUGUCGUGUGGAACAACAUGUUGGAGAAGGAUAAGACCUACACCAGGGACGUCCACGUGAUGGACAAACAUCCUCAUCUGCAGCCCAAGAUGAGGGCAGUUCUCCUGGACUGGCUCAUGGAGGUGAGUGAGGUGUACAAACUGCACAGGGAGUCAUACCACCUCGCCCAGGACUACUUCGAUCGCUUCAUGGCCACGCAGAGAAACGUCUUCAAGUCAACACUGCAGCUCAUCGGCAUCACCUGUCUCUUCAUCGCUGCCAAAGUAGAGGAGAUGUAUCCUCCCAAAGUCCACCAGUUUGCCUAUGUUACAGACGAAGCCUGCACCGAAGAUGAGAUUCUCAGUAUGGAAAUCAUUAUAAUGAAGGAGCUGAAGUGGAGUCUCAGCCCACAGACUCCCAUCUCCUGGCUCAAUGUUUACAUGCAGGUGGCCUACCUGAAGGACACCGAGGAGCUGCUCAUCCCCAGAUAUCCCCAGACCACCUUCACACAAAUCGCAGAGUUGUUGGACCUGUGUAUGCUGGACGUGCGAUGCCUUGAGUUCUCCAACGGCAUCCUUGCUGCUUCAGCCCUGUUUCAUUUCUCCUCUCUGGAGCUGGUGGAAAAUGUCUCGGCUCUGAAGAGGGUGGAGGUGGAGCAGUGCGUGAGGUGGAUGGUGCCGUUCGCCAUGGCGCUGCGGGAGGUUGGUGGGUCGGCCAUGAAAACAUUUGCAGGAAUCCCCGCAGAUGACGUGCACAACAUCCAGACCCAUGCGUCCUACAUCACGUGGAUGUCACGCCUCACCCCUCUGUGUGGGGAGUAUGGGGAAGGGUAA